AACGAUCAAGCAUGGACGAGUCUCAAUCUAAUCCUAUCAACAUCUCAAACAUCAUUAGUUCAACGACGAAGAUUCCUAUUCUUUACACCCAAGAUUAUGAAGUCUGGGCGCAUCAUUUUGAAGAUUAUGUCAUCGGAUCUGAAGAUAAUGGAUAUCUUAUUUGGGAAGCAAUCAUAUCUGGACCAUUCGCUCACUCAGGAACAUCAAAGAUCAUCAAAACUCAGAAAGAAUAUAAUGAUCUGUUAAAAGAUGUAAAAGACGUCGUUCAAGACGAAAAUGAAAAGUUUCAGUGCAAUAUCAAAGCAUUGAGACUAUUCCGAUUCGCUCUUCAAUAUGAUACAUUCAGGUUAGUGAGUUCCUGCAGUACCGCUAAAGAAAUCUGGGAUAGGUUGCGAGAGCUUUAUUCCACAGAUGAAGAUUUGGAACAUUCCAUUCAGACGUUGCUUUUAUCUGAGUUCGGUGAAUUUAAGCAGAAUACCGAUGAAAUUGUUACUCAGACGUUUGAUCGCUUCAAUCAUCUUCUUAGCAAGAUGAUCAAACAUGAUAUAGAAAGGAAGCUGAUUGAACAGAAGGUUACCUUUUUGAAUGGCCUAAGAUCCGAGUGGAGAGCUGUCGUGUCCACAGUCAAAGCUCAUGAGCAAUUCAAAUCUUAUUCGCUGGCAAAGCUGGUGGGAAUCUUGAAAUCUCAAGAAAAGAUUGUCAUGCAAGAGAAGAAUGUUGUUUCAAGUUUGGGGUCCUUGGCCCUCCUGUCUAAAAGCAAAAAUGUGGUAGAAGAUGAAGAUCUGAACCUAGAAGACUAUGAUCUUACUUCUGAAGAUUAUGCAAUGAUGGUGUCUAAUCCAAAGAGGUUCAUCAAGAAAAGGUUCCCUACCAAUAAGAACCGAAAUUGGCAGGGAAGCUAUAGUUCUGAAAAGGUUAAGGAGGAGCCAAAGACAGAAGAACCAAAGAAAGAGGUGAAGGCUGAAGGAGAUUCUGGCGUCAACUGCUACGACUGUGGAGGAAAGAACCAUUAUGCCAAAGACUGCGUUCUGAAGAAAAUGGCAGAAAAGGAUGAGGAGAAAGAUGAAGAGGCUAUGUUGAUGAAAAAGCUGGAAGAGAUCAAGAGGAAGAAAGCUGCUACUAACCCUUCUAUGAAUGCUCUUAUUGUACAGGGUUCGGCAGAGGAUGACGAGUUCGGUGGCGUGCAGGUGUGGUCAGCCGACUCAGAGGAUGAUGAAGUCAGGAAGCCAUCUCAUGGAAAGGCAUAUGUUGCGAGAGGUGAUGAAAGCAGUGGGAAGUGUUUGAUGGUGACUGAUGUAUCUCACAUGAGGGGAUACAAUACAGACGGUGGGAAUGAGGACACCAAGGAGCGAGAGGACUUAUGCUUCACAGCAAAACCUCUCAGUGUGCAGAUCAAUGAGCUUGAUGAAUUGAUCAAGAAGGGUGUCAUCCAAGAGUGAGGAACGAAGGAUGUGGAUAGAGCUGAAGGAGUCAGAGCUGAUUAAGUCUAAGGACGAAAACAUUUAUUUACAAAGAGACAAUUUAAAACUUUUGAAACAGAGAAAUGUUUUUUGUUUAAUUGCUAAACGUCUUUAUACUAAUAUCACU